UUGACCGAGCGAUAAGGUUGCUUGCUUGGCCAAAAGUAACUCGGUCGGCUGCUGAUUCUGUGCCAAGAAGAGAUUGUUCUGCUCAAGAUGGACCUCACCUGGUUCAUCAUUUACACCCUUUUGGUUCUAGUCGUUGUGGCUUUUGUGUACCUCUGCUUCUCUGAUGGCGACUUCUUGCUGAUGUACUACAGCAAGAAUGGCAAGGAGCUCGAAAAGAUGAAGGGCCAAGUGGUAUGGAUCACCGGGGCCAGCACAGGAAUUGGAGCCGCUCUUGCCGUGGAGUUUGCGAAGGUUGGAUCCAAGAUUGUCAUUUCUGCGAGAUCCAAGGAAAAGCUGGAUCAAGUCAAGAAGAAAUGUUUGGAAGCCGGGAAGCCGCAAGGACUCAAAGAAGCCGACAUCCUCGUCUUGGAAAUGGACAUGUGUAAAUUUUCGACCCACAAGCCUUGUCUAGAAGCAAUCUUGAAGCGAUUCAGCAGGUUGGAUGUGCUGGUUAACAAUGCGGGCAAGUCUCAACGGGCUCGAUGGGAGCACAUCGAGAUGCCAGUGGACCGGGAUAUGUUUGAACUGAAUGUGUUUUCUUUGGUGAAUUUGACCCGAUUAGUCAUUCCACAAUUUGAGAAACAGGGAGGUGGGACUUUAGCCGUCACCUCUUCUAUGGCUGGUAUUUCCGGGAUCCCCUUCUCUGGGACUUAUUGUGGCACAAAACACGCAGUUCAUGGCUAUUUCAACAGCCUUCGGACCGAGAAAUUGACCUCCAAUAUCGAUGUCGUAGUCUUGUGCCCCGGCCCUGUAUUUUCAAACUUACUGGAGGGAGCCGCUACGGAGAAGGAAGGCGAGAAUUUUGGCGGAAGCAUGGGUGCCAAUGACAAAAGGAUGACGGCAGAGCGUUGUGCCUUCCUGAUGAUGGUGGCCAUUGCUCACAAAUUGGAAGAGGCGUGGAUCACCUUUUUCCCAAUCUUGCCCAUGAUGUAUGCCUAUCAAUAUCUGCCAUGGCUGACCAGAAAAUUUAUUCGCUUGGUUGGCCCUAGCCUGUUCCAAAAACUAAGGGAUAGCAAAGAAACCGUCAAAAACAAGUGAGCUGUGCCAAAAUGAGGAUGGUUUUACGAAGUAGACGCGGACCUUUUGCUUUGGCAAGAUUGAAACAAAGAAAUGAUUCUCUCAUGAACUAUAAAUGUCAAGCUCUAGGUUAUGUUUGAAUAUACAUAGAUAAGCCUUUUUUUGGA